AUGCUUUGGUAUCAAAAAUCAAGAGAAAAAUGGGUGAAAUUUGGAGAUAAAAACACUGCUUUCUUCCACACUCAAACCAUAGUUAGAAGAAAGAGAAAUCGAGUACAUAGACUUCAGCUCCCCUGUGGUACUUGGUCUUCCGAUAGUGAUACUCUCCAACAAGAAGCACAAAAUUACUUCAAGCUCUUCUUCACGGCUAGCCAAGACAAUCGUGACCGAACUUUCACUGAAGGUACCCACCUUUCCAUUACUGAAGAGGGGAGAAAUUCCCUAACCGCCCCAAUCACCAAAAAUGAAGUUUAUGCUGCCUUUAACUCCAUGAAACCCUACAAAGCCCCUGGUCCGGAUGGUUUCCAUUGCAUCUUCUUCAAGCAGUACUGGCACAUUGUUGGCAAUGACAUUUACCACAUGGUCCAAACCGCUUUCCAAACAGGUCACUUUGAUCCAGAGAUUUCAAACACUCUCAUUGCACUUAUCCCAAAAAUUGACCCACCCACCACUUACAAAGACUUCAGACCUAUUAGCCUUUGUAAUAUUACUUACAAAAUUAUUACAACGGUCCUGGUUCACAGGCUUCGGCCUAUUCUUACUAACAUUAUUGGUCCCUAUCAAAGCAGCUUUCUGCUUGGUAGGGGCACUGCAGAUAACUCUAUUGUUUUGCAGGAAAUUAUUCAUUUCAUGAAGCACUCUAAAAGGAAGAAGGGUUACGUAGCUUACAAGCUUGACUUGGAGAAAGCUUUCGACAACGUCAACUGGGAUUUCCUAAGCAACUGCCUCCAUGAUUUUGGAUUUCCGAACAUCACCAUCAAGUUCAUCAUGCAUUGCGUAGCUUCUCCUAGUUACUCUAUACUUUGGAACGGGAACAAGUUGCCGCCUUUCAAGCCUUCUCAUGGCCUCCGACAAGGUGAUACGUUGUCCCCUUAUCUUUUCAUCCUUUGCAUGGAAAAGCUUUCAGCUGCUAUCAACUCAGCAGUCGCCCAAGGAAGAUGGGCACCCAUCCAAAUCACCCCUACGGGGCCCCAUUUAUCCCAUCUCCUAUUUGCAGAUGAUGUCCUUCUUAUUUCUAAGGCUAAGACCUCUCAGGUUCAUCUUAUUCAUGAUUUGUUUGAAAGAUUCAGUCAAGCCUCGGGGCUAAGAAUCAACAUUGCUAAAUCAAGGGCAUUUACUCGUCAGGCACUCCUCAUGGUAAAAUCACUAGCCUCACUACAAUAUCCGGAAUCCAAAGCACAUCCUCACUUGGCAAGUAGACUUACUUUAGCAACAUCUGUUUUAUCCUCCAUACCCACCUACUAUAUGCAGAUUAAUUGGCUUCCUCAGAGUAUUUGUGAUAGUAUUGAUCAGACAACCAGAAAUUUCUUUUGGAAAGACACUAACAACAAAGGAGUUAACUUGGUAAAUUGGAAGAAAUUAACUACCCCAAAACAAUCUGGAGGUUUGGGAAUCAGGAGAGCUAGAGAAGCCAACACUUGUCUCCUUGGAAAACUUGUAUGGGACAUGGUUCAAUCAACAAACAAAUUAUGGGUAAACAUUCUUUCCAACAAAUAUACCACAGGGUCAAACAUCCUUCAAGCCACCUGCAGUAGCAACAGUUCACCCACUUGGUCUUCCAUCAUCAAAGCAAAAAAUGUCCUCCGUAAUGGUUAUCUAUGGCGCGCUGGUUCAGGUACCUCCUCCUUUUGGUUCCAUAAUUGGAGCCCCCAUGGACUGAUUGGCUCACACGUUCCCAUCAUUGACAUCCACGAUAUUCAACUCACGGUUAAAGAUGUUUUCACACAUACCGGUCAACACACUCAUGCUCUCUACACUAAUCUGCCUCCAGCAAUUGCAGAUUACAUUAAUAACACCAACUUCAGAUUCAAUGAAAGAAUAGAAAAUACCAUCAUAUGGAGCCAUAAUAUCAACGGGGUAUACACAGCAAACUGCGGCUAUGCUUGGCUACUUCGCAACUCGGAUACUGACACCAAUCCGCUUUCUACCCACUCUUGGUCUUGGAUAUGGAAGCUAAAGUCCCCUGAAAAAUUCAAACUGUUGAUUUGGUUAGCUUGCCAUAACGCCAUCCCGACUAUGUCUCUUCUCGAACACCGUCAUAUGGCCCCUCUUCCACCUGUUCUAGAUGUGGAGAAGACGAAGAAACCAUUAUGCAUUGCCUUCGGAAUUGUCGUUUCUCCUCCAUUAUUUGGCACCGGCUCGGUUUCACGGAUACCGCUUUUUUCAACGAAGCUUUUCCAUCAAGCUGGAUCAAACAACACGCUACCGGUAACAACUCUUCCCUUUUCCUUUCCGGUCUCUGGUGGUCCUGGCGAAACCGCAAUUUACUCCGUAACGGCCCAGUCCUCACAAACUCUGGUUCGUUGGAACAAUAGCAAUUUCUCUGGUGUCGUGUUAAAUGUGGAUGGCAGCUGCUUGGGAGCUCCAAUCCGAGCCGGUUACAGAGGUAUUUUACGAAACUCAGUUGGUUUUUUCCUUCAAGGUUUCUCCGGUUUUAUUGAAGCAACAACGGACAUUUUGUUCGCUGAACUUACGGCAAUUCACAAAGGGUUACUCAUGGCAGCCGAAAAUGGAAUUGAAGAGAUGAUCUGUUACACAGAUUCGCUGCUUUCAGUCAAGCUCCUCACAAACAGUAGCUCCCGCUUCCAUGCUUAUGCUGUUUUAAUUCAAGACAUUCAAGACUUGCUAUUAUCAACAAACUUCUCCAUACAACAUUGUCAUAGAGAAGGAAACCAAUGUGCAGAUUUCAUGGCAAAGCUUGGUGCAAUUUCAAACGAAGAGUUUGCAAGACAUACAACCCCACCUUAUGAUCUCAUUCCUUUGAUUAGAUUAGACGCCAUGGGAACUGCGUUUCCUAGAGCUUAG